UGUGCCUCCACUAUGUCCAGAGUAUCCAACAGCAGUGACUACAGUCCAGUCUCACAGCAACCUGAUAGUCUCGCUUUCGGGGAAGCCUCUUCCUUCUUUUGGACUGACGAUCCCAGAUUGAAUUAUCAGUGUGAAACAAGAGGAACCGGCAAAGAGAGAGGACAAGACCGGGUAAAACGACCCAUGAAUGCAUUCUUGGUCUGGUCCCGCGACCAAAGGCGCAAAAUGGCUCUGGAGCAUCCCAAAAUGCAAAACUCAGAGAUUAGCAAGCGGCUGGGAUGCCAGUGGAGAAUGCUCACAGAAGCAGAAAAGUCGCCUUUCUUCCAGGAGGCACAGAGAUUACGAGCCCUGCACAAAGAGAAGUAUCCGGAAUACAGGUAUCGACCACGCCGGAAGGUCAAGAGGCUGCAGAAGAGUGGCAGCGUGCUCCCGGAAGUUCCCUCUCCAAUGCUGUGCAGCCAAGUGCACCGGGCCGAGAGGAUACACACCCUCACAUACAGGGACAACCGCACCGAGGCCACACAUUCACGAAUGCAGGACCAGCUACUGCCCACCGACUCACCCAGCUCGCCGCUGCAACCGGAGCUUUGCAUCCCCUGCACAAGCAGAUGUCACAAUCUGGCUCUGCAGAACUUCUCAGACACUGCCUUCUACCUUUACUGUAAUUUACAGCCCUGACGUUUCGCGUCUGUUUUCGACAUUGCUUUCCUUUCUCUUGCUAAAAAGGCUCUAUUCAUUUCAGCUUCAC